GGCUGCAGAGAUUUAAAAGCAGCCCAGAGCACACAGCGCAAACAAUACAACAUUGAAACUGUUUCGUGUAAUUGUGAGUUUUCAAACAAACGCCUUGCACUAUUUACCAGUUUCAUUGCACUUCUCUCUUUCUCUUAUUGGACUGGAAGACUCGAAUGGGAUUGUGAAAGGAUAUCCACUUCUGCACUGCUAUAUGCUCAAGACUCAAAGUGAACUUGAAGCCAAAGAGCGAAGAUGUCUUUCUCCCCGGAUUCUCCUUUCUCCCCGGAUCGCCACCUCUCUCCCGUCUCCAGUUUGUCCUUUAAUCUCAACAGUCUCACCUGCCAGGAAAGUGACACCCCGAAGCGCAGACUCAAGCUUUCUCCCGAGAGUGGAAAUCCGAGCCCCGAGGCCUUGCCAGUUGCCACAGAUACCAAAACUCCUACAGGUCCAUCCCCCAGUUCACCAUGUGGAUUUGACAAAAACAGCAUGAAGAAAGGCCAGACUCCAUCAAGGCGCACAAUGUCUCAGCCGAUCAGGCUUCUGGACAAAAUGCGGAUGAAAGUGGAGGGAAAUUUGCAUCAACCAGACAAACAACACGAAGAUGGGUGUGCGCGAUCAGGGAUCAGUUCCUCCCCUCUGACCCAGCUCCAUGGAAAACGCACUGAACAGGCUGAUGGACUUCAAUCAUCAGCUCAGAAAAGGAGAAAACACAGUAAACAUGGAAACUGGGAAACAGAUCAAAGACAGCUUUAUAAUCUCCGCUGGUUGUCCUGCCUCCAGGAAGUCGAUGUUAAACAAAUCCCAGACUCAGAGGAGAGAGUCCUCAUUGGUGAUUUCUCGAAAGCCUGCAUCCUGCCAAUAGAAGAUGGGAAACAUCAGGAUCUGAAAUACAUUUCAGCUCACACUGUAGCUGCGCUGCUGUUCGGGGAGUAUGAACAUGUUAUCCAUGAUUACGUGAUAGUGGACUGUCGUUACCCAUACGAAUAUAACGGCGGGCACAUAAAGGGAGCCCUGAACGUGUACUCAGAGGAACAGCUCAUCAGCACAUUCUUUUCAGGCCAACUAUCACCUUGUCCCAGGAAGCGGUGUAGAGUGAUCAUUUUUCACUGCGAGUUCUCCUCAGAGCGAGGUCCAAAAUUUUGUCGGAGUCUCAGGAGAAUGGACCGGAAUGCAAAUGUGUAUCCAAACCUCUGCUUUCCGGAGCUUUACAUUUUAAAGAAUGGAUACAAGGAAUUCUUCCAGGAAUUUGCGACAUUUUGUGAACCUCGGGGAUACAUCCAAAUGCAUCACAAGGAUUACAGAGAGGAACUUCACAUGAUCCGUAGGAAAGUGCGUUUGGUGGCUGGGCAGCGCAGGCGAAAGGGACUGUUCCAAAUGGCAAAUGGACAUUGACAAGACAGCAGAAGUUUCAGAAGCAACCUUCAACUUCAACAGUGUUUCUGAUAAAAGUCCUGUUUGCUCUCUGUAGUCUUUACUGGUCAUGAUCAGUGUUGACCUUCCCUGGCAAUAUCCUAUUCAACACCUACCACCACUCACAGAAUAUACCACACACAGAAUAUCCAGAGCAUUUCAUAUUCACACAUCCCAUAUUCCAAAAAUAGAAUUUUAAGUAAUUAAGCACAUCCCAGGACAGGUACAUUUUUGAGGGUUAGAUUCAGAAUAAAGCAACGUCUCCAUCGUUCCCAUCAAAUACCCCCAGGGUAGGUACACCAUGGAGUUAGAUAGAGAGUAAAAUUUCCUCUACUCUGACCUCAUCAAACAUUCCCAGGACAAGUAAAGUUGAGGUU